GCCAAUUGCAGGCAAUUCCGUAAAUACGGAAGGAAACAGGUCCACUUUUGCUAGUUUACUACAGCGCGCUGUAUUAAACCCAAGACUCCCCCGAUUCUCACCGUUUUCGUCUUUGUAAGUCCUCACUUCCUCGCCUGAGCUUUUGUACUCUCUCCAUCAGAGACUCAAAUAGCUCAGGAACCCACCCCAUUUCCCGUCUCGUAAUCCAAUACCUUAUUCAUUCCUUGUCAAUAAUCUUAAUCGCGACCUUUUUUUACCCCACUAAUCUAGUUCAAAGUUUCAAUUCCAUCCUUCCGUCUCCGAUUCAGUGAUUUCUUCAAUCGAAAUGGCAUUUAUUUGCUUCUAGGGUUUCCUAGAUCUUCUCUCUCACUUUCCGAAGCAACUAUUUACCAGAUUGUUGUCAAGCUUAUCAGAAUUGCUGAUAUGGCUAUUCGUGUUACCUUCACCUACUCUGGCCAUGUUGCCCAAAACGUCGCCUCCUGCGCUGGCUUCCGGGUUGGAAAUUGCCGCUCCCUCCGCGAUUGUUGGGUUCGUUCUCGAAUCUUCGCUUCUCCUAUUGUGCAAAACUCUGAUCUCGAACCCCCUGCACCGCGGACGCGCGAUUUCCAAUCCGGUUGCCAUCGCCCAAGCCAGAAGCUGAAUUCCUGGACUAAGAGUUCGGUUUCUUUGUACACUACCAUCGCCGGAGAAAUAUUCGGCGAUAACUGUAGGAGUCCGAUUGCCGUUGGGCUGGUCUCGCUGAUGAAGUCAACGGUUGGGAUUUCAGCUUCUUCAUCUUGCACGGGCGUUUUUGGAAUUUCGCCGCUUAAAGCCUCCUCGAUACUUCCCUUUUUCCAGGGAUCAAGGUGGCUUCCUUGUAAUGAGUCGUCUCCUGGGCCGAAGAGUAGCGAUGUGGAUAAAGGUGGGACUGUAAGCUGUGUAAGGAAUGAGAGUAAUACUGUGACGUUGAAGAUUAACGGAAAGGAGUUUGACAAGAGUGGAAGCUGGUUAUCCAAGGUGUUCAGUUUUUGCUCGGAGGAUGCCAAGGCCAUUUUUACAGCUGCCGCUGUUAGCUUGUUGUUCCGGUCGGCUUUGGCAGAGCCCAGAUCCAUUCCUUCAACUUCUAUGUACCCUACUCUGGACGUAGGUGAUCGCAUUCUCGCAGAAAAGGUUUCAUAUAUUUUCAGGAAGCCUGAAGUUUCAGAUAUAGUGAUAUUUAAGGCACCUCCAAUCUUGCAGGAAAUUGGUUAUAGUUCUGGUGAUGCAUUUAUAAAAAGAAUUGUGGCAACUGCUGGAGACAUUGUUGAAGUUCGUGAGGGCAAGUUAUAUAUAAAUGGAGUUGUUCAAGAUGAGGAUUUCAUUCUAGAGCCACUUGCUUAUGAGAUGGAACCAGUGCUUAUACCAGAAGGUUAUGUCUUUGUGAUGGGAGACAAUCGCAAUAACAGUUUUGAUUCCCACAACUGGGGUCCGCUUCCUGUCGAAAACAUUGUUGGUAGGUCAGUGUUUCGCUAUUGGCCUCCCUCCAAAGUAUCCAACACCAUAUAUGAUCCAAAUGCAGAAAAGAAUACUGCUGAAAUAGCUUGCUGUAGAUUUGAGGUGUGGAGAACUACAGGCUGUACGCUUCUAAUUCUUUAUGUGGAAGUUUAUUGCACUGGCCGCCUUAGUGCUCAUAUGGUCUUCAUUGCUGUGGUUAAGGAGUGGAGGAAGCUUUGUGAUAUAAGUUCAGGUGAUGUGGUCGUUGACGUUGAAUCCAUGGCGAUAAUUCGUCGUCGUUUACCCUUCACCUGUGCCCCCCUCCUCUUCCUCUUCCAGUUCCUCCAACUCCAUACCCUAUCAUUUACUCUGGCAUUCGCUCUUCUCCACCCCAACGAUACCCACAUCCUCCAGGAUGUUUUGAAUGAGAUAUCCAAAAGGCAAAAUUGGGAUUUUGAUGGAAUUACGUCUUCCAAAUUGCAAUUGAGCAAGGUUAGAUUUGGUAUUGCCCAGAGAUACGAGUUCCGGAUCCGAUUUGGGACGAAUGAUUUGAUUCUAAAAUUCCCGGACGAAAUGGGAUCGUGGAACAAGUUCAACGAAGAAAGGAAUGAUUUUGGAAACUUUGUUAGGGAGCUUGGUUCCUCAGCUGUACUUGACACCUUCAUAGUGGAGGGUCCAUUUGAUUUGCGUGUCGCUGGCCAAGACGAGCUCUCCUUGUUGUUACCGCUGAACGCUUCGCACAGCGGUUUGAAAAGGAUACUAGUGGGUGAAGGCAUCACAGUAGAAGUGAAAGGAGCUCAAGAACUCUCUCUUUUCGACACUUUUGACCAUAGUUUCACAGUGAAUAGAAGUUUUAAGAUUAAAAAGUGGAGAACUGGCUUCUGCUCCUUUUGGCAGUCGUUGUGUAUGCCGUUACUUCCCAUACACAUUAUUGGGUCUGCAUCACUUACUGCAUUCAGGACCAGGAAUUAUGAUGCAUCUGUCGAAACAACUUUCUUGUCUGAAGAGACUAUUGAAUUACUACCUGCAAAAUGCUACAGUAACAAUGUGUACAAGAACAAAGCUAGGCUCAGUCAUUCCUUAAGUUUGAAGAUCAAUAUGCUAGGUAAACUAUUGAGGAGCUUUCUUGGUAACAGAAUGGGGCAAAAGUGGGUUUCAGGCUCUCUUAGAGCAAAUGCUAAAGCAGCAACCAUCAUUCGUUUUCAGUUGGAGAUAGAAAAGAAUAUUGCAAGGAAUGAAACUUUUGAUGAUGUGCUGGAAGACUGGAAAACAAGGCCUACAGUUGAACGGGUUUGGUUUGAAGUAAUGGCAAGAAUUGAAGCUGAAAAGUUGAUGCUCGGAAUGGUUAAGAAAGUCAGACCUUUUAUUGCAGUAGAUUCAGUUUCAUUGAGUAAUUUAAUGUCUAAUAUUUCAUUUACAAAAUUCCCAUCUAUUCUUGUACCGCCUGAGUCCUUAACACUGGAUGUGAAAUGGUAGGACGAAACUCUUGUAAACAGUUUUGAUUUGAAAAUAUUUACAUAUCAAAGCUGUGUACCUGUCAUCUAUGUCCUGUCCUUAAAUCAUUUCCAUACUGAAGUUGUACAUAAUGUUAAAAAAUCAUACAAGAGGAAGGGUUGCUUUCGUUCCUUUUC